AUGUAUGCUGUUGUGAAAUUCAUAAACGAAGAAGAAUCAUAUUCUGAAAUUCCCUCAGCUUGGAUUGCAGAAGAUAAAUCCUUCUGCUACUGGCCAAACCAAAAGAAUUGUGGACAGUUGAUGAUCAAAAAUGUUCUACCAGAACAAAAUUGGAAAAAGGAGCCAAUAAAUAUCGAAGGGCUUUAUGAUACUUUGGAAAAAGCUAGGCGAGUUGCCCAAGAUCCUGACUAUACGUCACAGGAGGAGGAGAGUCGAAUAAGACAUAAACCUAAACGUUGGGUGGACCUUGAGGGAAGUGACGAAGAUUCUUGUGAUGAUUUUGAUAAGCCUCCACAAUUACCUAAGAAAUACAAUAAAGGUAAUAAAAAUACUCGACCCGUUACAUCAGCAUCUGUUGUCAAAGAUCAACAACAAUCAAGUAUCGUAGGAUGCUAUGAAAUAAUUGAUGGGAUAUUAACCAAUAUUAAUAAUAAUAUAGAAGUGACUCCAGCUAUUGCAAAGCAGGUCGUUUCCCUACCCCUAGAUGGAAAGAAUGUUACUCAUCAAACACUUGACGUAGAAGAUGACAAAAUUGAGGAGGAGCACAGUACGGAAGCAAGUGCUGAAGCUGAUGAUUUUGAAUUAUUAACAGCACAAUUAGAAAAAGUAUAUAAACUGCAAGUGGAAAACAAUCACUAUUUAAAGGCUAUCAUGACAAAACUAAAUAAAAUAGAACUGACAAGUAGCAACAAAACUAAAUCCUUGAAAACGCAAGAAGCAAUUAUCGAAAAUUUACCAUUUACAGAUACUACCAAAUGGAUAGAUUUUGAACAAAAUUUAAGUGGCAAGGCGAAAGAAGCUCUGACAGCAUAUAUUGAGAAGAUUGGAGGUAGAAAUGUUAAAGACAGCAUUCAUCGAUGUCUGAGGGCAGUAUAUUCAAACGAAAUGGCGAAACAUUGCUCAUGGUUAGGACAACGUGGUAAUUUUAAAAUAAAAGGAACCAUAACAAUGGGUAUCAUAAAAGCAAUAAUUGGAGAGCACUACCACACCAUCACUGAUGCAGAUUUUGAAGCUGUGGUGAGCGAAUGGUUUCGAUUGGCCUCCACCAGGCUAAAAAUGAAGAAACUACGAGAUGAAAUAUAG